AUGAGGGAGAAAGGUGAUGGUAGAAUCUCACUAAUUCAUUUUGAGGGAUUUUUUCGACGGUCUGUUCAAAGCAAUUCCAAUUAUGUAUGCACGAAAGAGAAGACCUGCAUUAUAACUGCGAAAACCAGAAAUUGCUGUCAGUAUUGUCGCUUUCAAAAAUGUCUUCGAGUAGGAAUGAAAAAAGAGGCGAUACGUGCUGAGAGAAACCAGAAAAGAAAGGAAAGAGAUGAUGCAAGGUAUCAAAUUUCAAAAAAACAAUAA